AUGGUUAUCUAUAGUGAUAAUUCGUCGUGUGAGAGCCCCACGCGUCGUGUGAGAAUCAAACCCGCAUCGAAAACUACAUCACACAUAGUCUACGUCGUCAGUAGCCACCCCAUCGUUAACAACAUCCUUAACCACAAACUGGAUAACCUCCACAGUUGUCAAAUGCCAGAAUCAGGAGACGUAUCAGUUCUGGCCCCUUCCCCACUCCAUCACGGCAGCUCCAAGCUCAACAACAUGUGGAACGCUCGUCGGCACCUGAAACUCAACCUCAACGAAUGCUACCACACUGGAGGUGUCUCCUUCAAUGCUGCCAACCUCAACGGGCGCGUAGUUACCUCCCCAUGUAGACCAUCCAAGCUGAGUGUGCCUUCCGAGGAUACUCACAUGAACUGCAAGAAAUCUAAGCUGGAGAUUUGUCCAUCACACUUCUCUACACCGGUUUCUUUGCUGACAGCAGGUCGGAAUCAUCUUCAUACUAAUACCCAGAACUGUUACCGUGUUGAUUCUUCUGGAUGUUCUACGCCUUCAGGAAGUAAUUUCUUCACCGACCUUUACCACUACCAUCAAUCCUUCUCAUCGGCAGCGUCAUCGUCUCCCAGCAGCAUUAAUAAUAAUUCCAGCUCAUUAACCAUCAACCCUCAGCAAAUGAACCAAGCUACCUCACCAACCAUGUUUAUCAAAAACGCCAGAAUAUCACCUUUGCCCAGUCCGGUGGUCACCAACUGCGGUUGUGGCGUGGUCUGCAGCAACAUCUCCUGCUCAUUGCCUUCUUCAGCUUCACCCUCGCCUAAAGCAAGGUUGAAGCCUAUGACCUCAGAACAACUAGCAUCCAUUGUCGGCAAAUCUAAACCCAUUCUCAUCAUUGACAUUCGCGCAUCCAGUGCCUAUCACAGGAACCAUAUCCAGGGAGCUGUUAAUCUUUGCUGUUCUGAUCGGACUAACCGACGACGCAUUCAGAUUGGCAAGACAUCUGUCCUUGAUAUACUUGGAAUUGAUGAUUCUUCAAGUUUGUCGGUACACUCCAGUUUGUCUGUAAAUUCGCCUUCCACCAAAAGGAAAGCUCCAUCAAACAGUGGUAUGGAUAUACUUGUGUACGAUGACCAUAGUACAGUUCAGGACCUAAGUGAUUCACCCCAGGAUAAUAUUCUGUGCACUAUACUGACAUCUUUAUUGAAAGAUGGUAACGAUGUCCACGUCUUAGAAGGUGGCUUCAAAAGUUUCAGCAUUGACCACGAGGCCUUGUGUCGGAGCAGCAGUAAAGCUUUAGAGAUCCACAAGCCACUCCUGUACUCCCCGACAAAUGGCGUCCAAGAACCGGAAAUAGAAGCCGCCACAGCUUCACAAGUACUUCCGUUCCUCUACCUCGGUAACGAACGUGACGCCAUGGACCUGUCACGAUUGAAAAGUCUCAACAUCAGUUACGUGUUAAACGUGACAUCUCAUGUACCUCAGUAUUACGACGAGCAGGGAAUCAACUACAAGAGGAUCCCGGCCUCCGAUAGCGGCCAACAGAACCUCAAGCAGUACUUUGAGGAAGCUAUAGAAUAUAUUGAUGAUGCUCGACAGAACAACGCCAAAGUCCUCAUCCAUUGCCACGCCGGAGUUUCUCGCUCUGCGACCAUAACUAUCGCCUACUUGCUCAAACACACCAAAAUGGCUAUGGCAGACGCUUACAAGUUUGUGAAAGGAAAGCGCGCCAUUAUUUCUCCAAACUUCAACUUCAUGGGACAGUUGUUGGAGUUUGAGCAGGAUCUGAACGAGGGCGUUUCACCAAGAAUCUUGCAUCCACAUAUACAGGAUAGCGUGAGCAAUGUCUGA